AUGUCGCGAACGCCCGUGGUGUCUUUCGAGGCCCAGGACCAGGGUAUCCAGGUGGGGCAGAAUUAUGGGUCGAUCAAGACGGAAUUCCACCUGCCAGUGGAACGACCAGAGACGCCGCCGCAACCGUGCGCGAAUAUCCCCUUCUCUCGCGAUCCCGAUUUCGUCGACCGCGGAGACAUUCUCGACCAGAUCGACCAGCGAUGUUCCGAGCCGGCUGGUCGGGUGGCCCUCGUAGGCCUCGGCGGCGUGGGCAAAUCGCAACUGGCCAUCGAAUACGCUCACCGAAUUGCCGCGGGCCAGCCUGAUAAAUGGGUAUUCUGGGUCCACGCUGGCACAAAGGCGCGCGUCGAGGAAGGCUUCAGGAUGAUCGCCGACGCCGUCAAGCUUGCCGGCCGUAACCAACCAAAAGCCGACAUCUCACGGCUUGUAUAUAGCUGGCUGUCCAAUGAACGGAACGGGGAAUGGAUUCUAGUCCUCGAUAGCGCUGACGACGGCGACGUAUUCUAUAACGUGGAUCACGCCUCUAGCGCAACGAGUGGCGAUACGGGCGAGAGGCGGCCGUUUGCGACAUACCUGCCACAAAGCCGAAACGGAUCGAUUCUCAUAACCACACGCAACAAGGACUUGGCUUUCAGGCUGACUGGCCGCCGUCAGAACAUGAUCGAUGUCGGCCCGAUGGCGCAGGCGGAUGCACUUUCACUCCUGGAGAAAAAGCUGGGAACGCCGGCGAAUCCAGAUGUGGCGGCCGAUCUCGUGGAGGCGCUCGACCUCGUUCCGUUAGCGAUCAGUCAGGCGGCCGCGUACAUCCAGGCACGAGCGCCACGGACCUCGGUUGAGAAAUACCUGGCCGACUUCCGGAAAAACGAGGGUAGGAGGGCCCGGCUACUGCGGUACGACGGCGGCGAGCUGCGACGGGAAGGAGGCGCGUCGAACGCAAUUCUGAUGACAUGGCGGAUGUCUUUUGAGCAUAUCCAGUCCAAGCGGCCAUCGGCGGCGGAUCUCCUGUCGCUUAUGAGCUUUUUCGACCCACAAGGUAUCCCGGGGUGGGUGUUAAGGGAUGGGAUGUCGGACGACAGCGGCGGCACUACAAAUAAUCUUCUGGACGACAACACGGACACAGACGAUAAUUCAGACGGGGAUGUCGACGACGGAUUUGAAGAUGAUGUGGCUAUGCUAAGGGACUACUGUCUUAUCGCUACCACCGGAACAGGGGACGAGUUUGAGAUGCACGGGCUUGUACAAUUAUCGACAAAGAAGUGGCUCGAAGAGUUUGCGCGGCGAGAGACGUUCGAACAGCGUUUUAUCGAGCGACUUGGAGCCUCGUUCCCAACGCCGGAAUACGAGAACUGGGCAAUGUGUCAGGGUCUCUUCGCACAUGUUCAAGUGGCACUGGAUUACCGACCUAGUGGAGAGACGGCUGCAACAUGGGCAGACCUUUUACAGAACGGGGGGCAGUAUGCAUGGUUGCAAGGGCAAUACAGGGUUGCGCAGCAGAUGGCAGGCAAGGCGAGGGAGGUUAAUCAGAGGAUAUUUGGAAGAGAAGAUGUGGCGACUCUAGCAAGUGUAUCGCUAUUUGCCGCGAUCCUUAUGGCCCAAGGCAAGUGGUCCGAGGCCGAGAAGCUACAGGUACAGGUGAUAGAGGCUCGGAAGACCAAGCUCGGGGCUGAUCACCCCGAUACCCUGACGAGCAUGAACAACCUAGCUUACGCUUGGAAAGCUCAAGGUCGAGAUGUAGAUGCUUUGGUACUGAUGGAGGACUAUGCCCAGGCUCGGCGGCGAGUGCUUGGGGAAGCGCAUCCACAGACACUGCAGUCUUUGGCCGCUGUUGUUGAUUGGAAAUCCGAAAUCACUGGUUAG